AUGUCUUCAUUCUUAUCAGAUACACUUUCCAAUUCCCGGUUCCAGCUGCUCGCAACCGCGGCUGUGUCUGGUGCAACUGUAGCGGGAUUGAUACUAGGUUUUCAGGCAUUGGAACGAGAGGAGCGGCUUUCAGAACUGAAGAACUCCAUCCCAUUGCUGUCAACCGACAGAGGAAGAUUGAACAGCUUCGGUGCCUCAUCAGAAUCAGGCCUGGAUCUUGAAGAUGCUCGCAACAUAGCGCUGGCUAAGCGUGCGCAAGCCGGCGAUUUCGACGAAGAACUUAUUCUGGAGCAGCUUGCACGCAACCAGGUCUUUCUUACACCAGAAGGCCUACAAAAGUUACGAGAUUCGUUUGUUAUAGUAGUUGGCUGUGGAGGCGUCGGUUCACAUUGCACUGCUACCUUGGCUCGGUCAGGUGUCUCCAAGAUUCGACUCAUCGACUUUGACCAAGUUACGCUCAGCUCAUUGAACCGACAUGCUGUUGCAACUCUGGCAGAUGUUGGCACUCCCAAGGUGCAAUGCCUUUAUAGAAGACUCAUUGCCAUCGCCCCCUGGAUCAAGUUCGACCUCCGUCAGGAAAAGUUUGAUGAAUCUGUUGCCGAGGCUAUGCUGGCGCCCUGGAAAGAAGAUGGCCGUAAACCAGACUUCAUUAUCGACGCCAUCGACAACAUCGACACAAAGGUUGCACUGUUAAAGUACUGCUACGACAACAACCUGCCCGUCAUCAGCUCCAUGGGCGCAGGAUGCAAAGGAGAUCCCACCAAGAUUGUCAUCGGUGACAUUGGAACGAGUAAAGACGACGGACUAUCACGAGCGACGAGACGACGACUUAAGCUUCUCGGCAUCACCAGCGGCAUACCAGUUGUAUACUCUACAGAGCAAUCUGGAGAGGGAAAAGCUGAGCUGUUACCCCUACCCGAAGAGGAGUUCCAGAAAGGCUCAGUUGGCGACCUUGGUGUCAUGGCCAACUUCCGAGUGCGAAUUCUGCCUGUGCUGGGCACUAUGCCAGCUAUCUUUGGGUUGACAGCGGCCAACCAUGUUAUUCUGAAGAUAACUGGAUAUCCCAUCUCAUACGUGCCUGGCAAAGCACGAGAACGAAUGUAUGAAGGUAUUCUGACAUAUGUUCAAGGCUCGGAAGAGAAGCUCGCUCGAAUGUUCGUUCCUGGCACUACAGGCCUGAAGACGCCUCUCACACUUGGCGACGUGGCAUUCAUGACAGAAGAAUUGUAUCGUGGUCGCAGCAUUCUUAGCGGUAUCCCUACAAAGCUGGUUCUCAUUAGAUGGAAGAAGCCUGAAACAUGCAGUAUGACGGUUAUCGGAGAAGAAGAGGCCACGAGACAUGAGAAGGAAAUCUUCAAGGCAGACAAACCUCUGGAGGAAUUGUAUGAUGAAGAGACCAUCAAGCGUGUGGAGGAACGGAUGAGAGAAGCAGAGCAGUAUGAAUGGUUCCGCAGGUAG